AAAAGAUGGAAAAUCAAAAUCCAGGGAGAAUGUUGAACUCGGAAGAAUCCUCGGGUUCCAAAACUGAAACUUCUCCUUCUCCCAAUCAAAAUUCAUCCCCAGAAGAUGACAAAUCUCCACCUACAGAUUCGCCUGCUCCACAAAAGUCACCGCCACCCGCCGAGGAACAGAAUUCUCCCCCGCCUGAAUCACCAAAGGCCACCCCUCCACCAGAUAGCCCUUCAUCUUCGUCGCCUCCAGCAUCUACCCCACCAGCCGAUUCCACCCCCUCACCACCAUCGGAUUCUAGUUCUUCACCACCUCCCCCAGCAGAGAGCUCAAGACCUCCAGCAUCUCCACCCCCAGAAAGUUCAGGCGGCUCUUCAAAGCCUCCACCUGCAUCGCAUCCUCCCCCACCACAUGAGUCUCCUAAUUCACCAGUGCCACCUCCGCCGGUGCAAAAUUCUGCUGCAGCUCAUCCUCCUCCAGCUUCCCCUCAUCACUCCCCUCCUCCGCCCAGCUCUCCUAAUUCACCUGUGAUUUCUCCUCGUCCUCCAUCUAAUUCACAUAAUGCAUCCAUACCAACCCCACCUGCUUCUAAUGUACCUCCUCCACCAGCUGCAGAAAACUCGGGAUCACCACCAGCACAAAUAACCCCCCCUCCAUCAGCUGAAAGCCCACCCAAGGCUGUCGCAUCCCCUCCACCACCUGCAACAUCAACCAAAACUCCCUCUCCCUCUAGUGUCCCAUCAUCUAACUCAACUACUCCAGCUUCCCAAACUCCAAAUCAUGUCCCAAAACUAUCCCCUCCUAAAAAAUCAUCCCCUGAUUCUUCCACCUCUUCCCAAAGUGGUGCCAUUAUUGGAUUCACAGUGGCAGGAGUGGUGAUCUUUGCGUUCUUAAUAUUCUUCUUUGUGGCAAGGAGGAGGAGAAAGAAACGAGAAGAGGCUUUUUUAGCCCAAUACAAACCUGCACCCAAUAACUUCUCUGGACAACCAGAUGGGUAUUACUAUCACUCAUACAAAUAUACAGGGGGGGCUUCUGGACAAACAGAUCCCUACUUUGGUGGAAAACCCCUGGCAUCUCCUCAUGCACCAGGAAAUAGUUAUAUAAGCAAUGGAGGAUAUAGUCCCGGACCUCCAGAAGCAAAUGUCAUGGGUGCUAAGUCAUCGUUCAGCUAUGAAGAGCUAAUGGAAAUAACAAAUGGUUUUUCUCGGAAAAAUAUUUUGGGUGAGGGUGGGUUUGGAUGUGUUUACAAAGGUUGGCUACCAGAUGGGAGAGUAGUGGCAGUGAAACAGCUCAAGGCUGGUAGUGGACAGGGGGAGAGGGAAUUCCAAGCAGAAGUUGAGAUCAUUAGCCGUGUUCACCAUCGGCAUUUAGUCUCUUUGGUGGGCUAUUGCAUUGCUGAACAUCAUCGAUUGCUCGUCUAUGAAUUUGUUCCAAAUAAUACUCUUGAACACCAUUUGCAUGGAAAAGGAAUCCCUGUGAUGGAGUGGUCUAAAAGACUUAAAAUUGCACUUGGAGCUGCUCGUGGGUUGGCUUAUCUUCAUGAAGACUGUCAUCCAAAAAUCAUCCACAGAGACAUCAAAUCAGCAAACAUACUGUUGGAUGAUGUCUUUGAAGCACAGGUUGCAGACUUUGGGCUUGCAAAAUUAACAAAUGAUACUAAUACACAUGUAUCAACUCGUGUUAUGGGGACAUUUGGGUACAUGGCACCGGAGUAUGCGUCAAGUGGCAAAUUGACAGAUAGAUCUGAUGUGUACUCAUUUGGAGUUGUGCUUCUAGAGCUUGUGACAGGGCGUAAAUCUGUUGAUACAUCUCAGCCUAUGGGGGAUGAAAGUUUAGUUGAGUGGGCGAGGCCACUAUUGAACGAUGCCCUUGAGUCUGGAGAUUUUGAAGAAAUUGCAGAUCCAAGGCUUGAACAUAGAUAUGUGGAGAGCGAGAUGUUUAGGAUGAUUGAGACAGCUGCUGCUUGUGUACGCCAUGCUGCUCAAAAGCGACCCCGAAUGGCACAGGUUGUGAGAGCAUUGGACACUGAGGGUGAGAUGGGAGAUAUCUCCAAUGGUGUGAAAUUUGGCCAGAGCACAAUUUUAGAGUCGGGCAAGCACUCAGCAGAGAUUCAGAGAUUCCGCAGGAUGGCAUUUGGUAAUGGUGAUAGCUCUGAAUAUAGCAUAUACAGUGGGGAGACCAACUCUAGAGAGGUGCCACACAAAUCCCAAAGUAGUGCUUCGAGUGAGUACUCCAGUGGUGGCAAACUCAUGCCAUAAACCAACCAAAUGUGUGGUGAGAAGAGUUCCAACAACGCACACUCCACCAAUGAAGCUGCCAUACUGCUUCUAAGAUUCUACAUCUCAAGGGGUACAUACAUUUGUGCUGUCCAGUUGCAUCUGAUUCAGGAGGUUCCUUGGGAGCAAGAAAUUCUUUCCAGUAGCUAGAAUUCUGGAACCACAAUCUUCAUCUCAGCAUGUUGGAUGUUCACAACAACCAAUUGCUGUAAACCCAACUCACUUGACCUGAUUAGUAUGAGGGUUCUUUUCUCCAAACCUGUCUUUCAGCAUUCUUUUUUGUCCUACCUGAUUAUCAGAGGGGGGGGGGGUUUGAGCUGGUAGAGUGGUUUUUUUAAUUGUAUUUAUGAAAAAGGUGGCCAUUCAUUGUCAUUUUAUAUCAGUGGAAUAUUAUGUUUUAGUAAAGGAAGACCUUUUUUUUUGCUUC